UCUUCACACUCAGAGCAAAAAACAUCUUGUUUUCUCUGUCAACAAAAUUCGAUUUCUCUCUCUCUCUCUCUCUCUCUCUCUCUCUCUCUCUCUCUCUCAACACACAAAAGAAACUUCUCUCGAUUUCGUCGCCGGAGAUGGAUUUCCACAGCCUUUUCCGAAGAGAUCUUCAAUAUCUCUGCAAGAGGAACAAAAUCCCAGCCAAUAUGACCAAUAUCGCCAUGGCCGAUGCUCUCAGUGCUCUUGAGAUCGUUGAAGGUCUUGAUGAGUACAUGAAUCAAUCCGAGCUGUCUCCAACCAGUGUAGCUAAGAAGCCACCUAAUACUGCUACUAGAACAACUCGAAGAAAGACGACAAUGAAAGCUGAGCCUCAGUCGUCUUCGUUGUUGGUGUCCCGUUCUACGAGCAAGUCUCUUGCUGGAGAAAUGGACCAGGAAAACGUUCCUCAAGAACCCAAGACUAACACUGUCAAGUUUGAAGCCAAUGUGCCCAAAACGCCUGCAGCACGAACCACAAGGAAAGCUUCAGCAGCAACUUCUUGUGCUAAGAAGGAUGAAUCGGUCCAGUCGGUGUACAGCACUAGGAGAUCAACCAGGCUGUUGGAGAAAUGUAUGGCUGAUCUGAGUUUGAAGACAAGAGAAACUUUGGAUAAGCCAGCGAGGAAUGAAGAUACAGAACAAAAAGUAUCUACGCAGGAGAAGAAUCCAGCUGGUUCAGAGGCAGAAGUUAUCCCAGGUAGGGAUUUAAGUGUUUCUAUGGAACAAGUAUGGGAGAAUUUGAAGAGUGACAGCGACCAAGUAGUUGGAGAUCCUGAGGUAUAUGUUGAUAUUGGUGAGAUUGCUGCUAUGGAUGCAAACACUGAGACCAACAAGGAAGAGAUGAGUGAAGUUAGGGCUGAUGAUAAAGAAUCUGAGAACAGCUUAGUCAAAGUAGACAAACAAGAAGAAACUUUGCAGGUUAUGUGUGAGAAGAAGAAUGACAGUGAUCAGGAGAUUGGAGAUCUUGGUGAUAUUCCUGUCUUGGAUCAUGCAAACACUGAGACACACAAUGAUGAUAAUGGUAUUGAGUCCAAGAACGUUCUAGCUUCCGACAGUUCAUCAGUAUACCCACAAGAAACAGAACAGGCACUUCAGGAGAAUGAGUUUGAGCCUGAGAAAAUCAACAAUUUCGAUGUAGAGGCAAAGGAGGACCAAAUAGAACUGGCAAUUCAGGAGAAUGAGUUUGAGCCUGAGAAAAUUAACAGUGCCGGUGUAGAGACAAAGGUGGACAAAACCGAUAGUGAUGCUGGUGAUUCGAAAAACGAACAGGCAAUUCAGAAGAAUGACACUGAACCUGAGAAAAUCAACAAUUUCGAUGAAGAAGACACAAUGGUGAACCAAACCAAUAGCGAUGCUGGUGAUUCAGAAACUGAAGCGGAAGAUGAUUCUGGUGUUGACUCAGACAGUACUAUCUCUGAAGCUGAUUCGAACCAAGCCGUACUGGGAUCUGAUAUUGCUGAUGAAGAGAUGACUCUUUCGGAAUCAGAAGGCUCUGCUGCUAGUGCUCCAAAUUCUCCUCCUCUUCUUGAAAAGGCUGAAGUCAAAACAACUCCGUUGUCUCCAUUUGCAGCAGGAUCAAUAUCAGUUCAAUUUCCAAGACCAAGCAAAUCAACAACUCCAUCAAAGAACUCAGCUCUGAAGCCUGUCAAUGUCGAGAACAAAGAGAACAGCAUGGAGUUGAUGAUGAAUGUUGACAAUUAUGAGAAUGGAGAGAAGAAAGGUGAAGAGGCUAAGAAGAAGAAGAAGGUCGGGAUUGAUGAAGAGAACUUGAAAGAUGCGAGCAUGAGGCAACUGAAGAAGAUGAUGAAGGACCUUUCUAUAAAGAACAGUAACAGAACUGCGUUGCAGAUAUUGCCUGGUAAUAAUCAAACUGCAGAGUAGAGAGAGAGUGACUCAAACAAAUGUGCUUGUUUUUUUGUUUUCUAAUCAGCAGAUAAAAGAAAGUGUUUCCUUUUGUUAACACUUUUGCUUUGAAAAAAAAAACUCAAUUUCGAAAAAGAUGUGUGUGUACUUUCAUUACAUUUAAAUGUUGUUGUGAUUGCACAGAAGCAACCAAACGAUGAGAAGUUUAGUGAUUUGGUUGAUG